AUUUACAUUUGCUUUUAUUUCAGAAAAUAUGAAUUCUGAAACUGUGAGUAACCUUGUUACUACUGGAGUUGGUUCUGAGGCUGCUCCGGUCGAGGUUGAUGAACCUAGUUCGAAAAGGCUGAGACCAGCAACAUCCGAUGUUUGGAAUUUUUUCAAAAAGCUCGGUCCAGAUAAGGAUGGAGUAGAACGUGCUGAGUGUAAAGGAUGCAAUAAUGUGUUUAAAGCUGGAGGUAAGCAAUAUGGCACUUCUACUAUAAAAUGACAUCUUGAUAGUUGUACUCAAAUUAAGCAUGAAGAUAUUGGUCAGACUAUAGCAUAAUUGCAACUUAAAAUGGGUUCACUUAAGAUUGAUUCAGGAGUGGCUAGAGAUAUGUUUGCUUCUUAUGUAGUUGCUGGGGAUAAGCCUUUUAAUAUGGUUGAUGAUAGGAGAUUUAGAAAUUGGGUGAAAUAUAUUAGUUCAACUUUGAAACUUCCUUCUAGGAAUACGGUUAAGGCUGACAUAGUGAAAGUUCACAAGAGAGAAGCUGUGAAACUUAAAAAAAAUUUAGUUUCCAUUCCAAAUAGAAUUUGCUUAACAUCUGAUCUUUGGACAUCCAGUACCAAUGAGGUGUUUAUAUGUUUGAAUGCACAUUUUGUUGAUGAGAACUGGAAAUUACAGAGUAAACUUCUCAAUUUUUGUCAUAUGCCUCCUCCUCACACAGGAUUUGAGUUGUCUUCUAAAAUCUUUACGCUUUUGACUGAGUGGAAAAUUGAUAAAAAGAUUUUUUCCAUUACUUUGGAUAAUGCUUCUUCUAAUGAUACUUGUGUUGAACACUUGAAAAGUACUUUGGAUGUGCAUGGUUCAUUGUUGUGUGGUAGUGAAUUCUUUCAUGUUCGUUGCUCUGCUCAUAUUUUAAAUCUUAUUAUCCAAGAUGGAAUGAAAAUAUGUGGUGAUGCAGUUCAUAAGAUUAGAGAUUCUAUUAAGUAUCUGAGAAAAUCUGAAAGUCGAAUGGUUAAGUUUAAAGAAUGUUUUGAAGAUAUUGAGGGACUUGAGUAUACGACUGCAUUAUGUUUAGAUGUUCCUACUAGGUGGAAUUUACUUUAUGCAAUGCUUGCAAGUGCUAUUCCUUAUAAGAAAGCUUUUGAAAUGUAUAAAGUAAAAGAAGCUGGAUUUAGGGAGUAUUGUCCUUCAUCAGAUGAGUGGAGAAGAACUGAAAAGAUAUGUGAUUUCUUGUUACCAUUUUACGAAACUACCAAGUUGAUGUCUGGAACUUCUUACCCAACAUCCAACUUGUAUUUUUUACAAGUUUGGCAAAUCCAGCUUAUUUUAAUGAAUAGUUUGAAGAAUGAUGAAGUGCUUAGAAGGAACAUGGGAGAAAAAAUGAUGAUUAAGUUCAAGAAAUAUUGGGAGGAAUACAGUGUUGUUCUUGCAUUUGGGGUAGUUCUUGAUCCUAUAUUUAAACUCAACACUUUGGUUCAUUGCUAUAAUGAGAUUGAUCCUAUUAGUGCUAAAGAUAAAGUGGAGCAUGUGAAGAGUAAGUUAUACAAGCUCUUUGAGGUUUAUGACCAUAAUUCCUCUACAACUGUAGAGAGUUCUUCCCAACUUUCAAGUAAUUUUUCUCAAGCAACAUCUUCUGCAAUUGGAACUCAGCUUAUUAAAAUUGUUGGUGAUUUGAUGUCCCGUAAUCAAGAAGCUGAAGUGAAAAGUGGAAAGAACCAACUUGAUAUUUAUUUGAGUGAGGCAACAUUAUUUUGCAAUGGUGAAAAGACAACCAUCAUCGUUUUCCAACACUAUCACUAAUGGCAUGACAUUUGUUGAGCAUUCCUAUUACUACCGUGGCUUCAGAAUCUGCAUUUAGCAUGGGUUCUCAUGUUUUGAAUAAGUAUAGAAGUCGUUUGUUGCCAGAUAAUGUUGAAGCGGUGAUUUGCACCAGAAAUUGGAUACGUGGAUAUGAUGAUUUUGAGGAAGAUAAAGAUGAGGAAGAUAUUACAAAAGGAGAA